ACCACAUCCAUAAAGAGAUGGCUUGCCAUGUCAUCACCGCCUGUUAUGAAAUGUGGCAAAAGCAAUGUAGAUGGAAAGAAUUUAACGACAGUGGUGUGGGAGAAAUAUGAUGGUAAAGGCUGGACAGAAAAAGGGGCACAUAAGUAUGGUAGGCUCAAUGAACAGUCAUGGUGGGAGAAGUGGGGAGAACAUUAUGAUGGAGGAUCUGUUGUCAAAUGGACAGAUAAAUGGGCUGAGACUGAAUUGGGAACCAAAUGGGGAGACAAGUGGGAGGAGAAGUUCUUUGCUGGGAUUGGUUCACGUCAAGGGGAGACAUGGCAUGUAUCUUCUGGCGGUGAACGGUGGUCAAGGACAUGGGGAGAGGAACACUUUGGAAACGGUAAAGUUCACAAAUAUGGGAGGAGCACGACAGGUGAAAGUUGGGAUAUUGUUGUUGACGAGGAAACCUAUUAUGAGGCUGAGCCUCAUUAUGGAUGGGCAGAUGUCGUGGGGGAUUCAAGCCAGUUGCUAUCAAUUGAGCCUCGUGAGAGGCCUCCAGGCUUCUAUCAUGAUGUUGAUUUUGGGUCAUCACCACCUCAAGCAGAUAAACCAGAUAAACCUACCUGAGCUGUGCCUCACUUCACGUUGAAGAGGUGCUUUCAGGCACCAUUUUUAUAUUAGAUAUUAGUCACAUUGUUUGGAACUUUUUUUAGUCGAAAAUUGUGACUUACUUCUUCCAAUUUUAUUCAUUCUUUCAUUCCCUUGUCUUCAUAUUUUGUGUAUUGAGCUUUGACAAGGUUUGGUAACAACAAUUCCUUACAAUAAUUAUAUCACAUCAAACGAAACAAAUUUGUAUGUAUUUA